AUGAAGACGCCCACGGGAAGCCCAGUCGUGCCCCUGCAGGAGAGCACCAGCGGUGCCGCCGCGGGAUCGAGUCCGACUGUCAACAGCAUCGACUCUGUCGGCGGCUCGAGCCUUGUCCCUUCAAGCCCAUCUCCGCCAUCCCCGUCGGCGACGGAGGGCACAUCGUCCACGGCGUCUGCGGGCUCUCCCGUUGCUCCGACGGCAGCCUCUACAGGCCCCUGGACGGGCGUUCCCACGGUGAUUCUCAACACGUACACGGCGUCUUCUCUGCUAUCACAGAUAUCCGGACUCGUCGUGGCAACUUCCACCCCCCAUACGUCAACCGCAAGCACAACCGGCGGCGGCGUCGUCGUCGCCGCCGGCAGUGGCAGCAACGGCGGCCGCAGCACAACGCCCCCUUCGCCAAAGGGCACAACGUCUCCCACGAGCGACCAAGACACAGACUCACACGACUCUCAACUGUCGGCGGGAGCCAAAGCCGGCAUCGGCAUCUCCAUAGCUGUACUCUGUCUCGGCAUCAUAUCGGCCGUGUUCUUCUUUGCCUGGCGAAGACGCCGGGGCCAGAGAAACUCGGGCCUGCGCGAGGACACCAUCUCGUGGCUGGGGCACGCGGGCGAAAAGCACCGCACGCUGCAGGCGAUUCCGGCCUUUGGGCCGACGAGGAAAAUAGGCGGCGGCGGCGGCGGCGGCGGCGGCGACGGAUUUGGUUCCGGCAGUUUGGCCAUGAGUCUCGAGCCCUCGAGCCACUUGACCUACUUGUCGCUCGGGUCCGAGCCGAGCCCUAGGGAUGAGAUGGGCGGCAUCGGCAUGGCCCUGUCGUCAGACUCGCAUGACUUGUUGGACUCGCAGACACUGGUUGCCGAGGGGGAUUCAGAGACGCCGCUGCGAGACGGCGACUUGGAUAGUCCUGUGAUUCCGCGCUUUGUGGUGCCGCACGGGUAUUCGCUUGCGUAG